UGGGAAGUGUAGUGUGAGUCUCCCGGGCUCACGCUUCCCUGUGGCGCUCCUGCUCCGCCUGAUGAAAAUUUGAAGAAGAUGGUGUCUCUUGUGGAAAGGCUGAACACUCUGGGACAGGCAGGAAACCAUGUGGUGGAAGACUUUGGGUCAUCCUAGUGGAAAGAGAACCAGUUAUCUUGACACCAGCAGGUUACAUCUGGAAACUAGUUGCAGAUGGCUUUCUUUAUCUAAGAAAAUUUGCAAUAUAAAGUUAAAAAGCCUGUUUUUCCUGAACUCUGGUUAUAAAUAUGUUUCGUCUAAGAGCUAUUUCAACAUUCCCCUGGAGAGUGUUUCAGUUUCGACCCUUCAGUUGUGAAUCCCUAAUUGUUAAGAUGAAUAACUGCACAGAUGAAGAGCAAGUCUUUGAUCUUAUUGAAAGAAACAAAGCCACACUUACAGAAGAGCAAGUGGGAUGUGCAUUUAGUACACUUUGGAGAUUUAAGAAGCAGAAUAUCAGCAGGUUAAACAAUGUUAAGAGUGUCAGAGACCAUCCAAACUUUCUUAUUCUUUGUAAUUUAACUAGAAGUAAAAUCAAAUUAAUGAAUGACAGUACCCUGGUGAAUGUGUUAUACAUCACACAAAGAUUUGCAGUUGAGCCCCAUGACCCACUAGUUGAAGCACUAGUAACAGAAGCAUGGGAGAGACUGGAAAGGUUUGAUAUGAAUGUGUUGUCAAUGUUUUCCACAUGCCUAGCAGAUCAGCAUUUGUACUGUAGUCCAUUAAUGGGAGAAAUAGCUGCUAUUGUAAAUAGAAACUUAGAAACCAUACAGGACUUAAGGUCCUUGUCUGUCUUGAUGGUCAGCAUAUCUGCUUUAAUAUCACAAUGUUUUCAAAAACAAUUAGUGAACAAAGCAGAGCUACUUUUUGAUACUACAGAUGCUUCCAUUGUCAGUAUUUCAAGAAGAAUAGUUCAGUUUCUUCGAAAUGUUAAAUAUAGUUAUUAUCCACUAUUAGAGAGAUGUAAUAAAGUGUUUUUAAGCAAUGUGAACCACCUUAAUUUGGAUUCCAUCAGUAAAAUACUUGGUCUGUACCAAGUUCUGCAGUUCCGUAGUUUUGAAUUUGUUGCGGUGGCUAAAAAGAGGCUGUCAGAGAUGAUUCCUCUGACUGAUGACCCUGAGAGCUUUGUGAAAUUGUUUGUCACAUUGGGACCAAUAGCAGGACCUGAAGAAAAGAAACAGCUUCAAUCAACUCUAUUACUGAUGUCCGAGGAGCUGAGCCGCCAGCAAGCCUUGGCAGUGGUGGGAGCAAUGGAAGCUAUGGAAAGCAGGAAUUCACAUUUGAUUAAAAAAAUUGCUUCGAUUCUACAUAAGUAUUUGGAUAACUAUAAGCCUGUAGAGUUAUUGAAGAUAACUCAAGCAUUGAUAUUUCUUCAGUUUCAAAGUAAGGAGCUUUUUGUGAAGCUAAGAGAAUUACUGCUUAGUUCUUUGAAAGUUAGUGUGAUACCAAGUGAGGUUUCUGUCCUGGUCUCUGCCAUUUCCAUGCUUCCUUCUCCUCACAUAAGUGAAGAGGGGACAUCCCGAAUUGAAGCUGUUUUACCACAGUGUUCCCUCUUUGAACUCGAUGAUUUUGCCUCAUCUGUUUUAAGAUGGAUUCAGUAUGAUCACAGGUGUUCGGCUAGAAUUGCUGGGAAACAACUGAAACUACUUCAAAAAUUAGAUCUUUAUGGUCUUCAGAGAUUACAACAAAGGAGCAAUUUUGACCUGUUUUGGAAGGAAUUUAAACCUAUAAAAGGAGACUGGCUUUGUGAAUCACUUCUUGAGGAAACAAUGGAUACUUUACAGCAUUUGGUGGAUGGAAUUAAUUGCAUGAACGUUUCUGGAAUUGCUUCUUUUAUUUCUAGAACUAACUACCUCAGUAGUCUUCUCCUUGAUAGAAUAGCCUCAGUGGUGGUUCAGCAGAUUGAAAAGAUCCAUCCUUUUUCAAUCCUUCCUAUUCUUCUUCCAUUCAGCAUCUUGAACUAUGAUCCACCUCAAAGAGAUGAAUUUUUUGGAACAUGCAUUCGGUGCAUUGAUUCUAACUUAGGCACAUUGGAUCCUCUUGUGUUAGUAUUUCUUGGUUUCAACUUGGCUACUCUUCAAUAUUUUCCAGAAAAUCUGCUGAAGACAAUUUUUAAUAUCAAAUUUUUAGCCAGAUUAGAUUCUCAACUUGAAAUUUUACCUUCAUCUCUACGGACAAGAGUCCAGUUUCGUCUAAUGGAGUUAAAUAGAGCAGUCUGCCUGGAGUGCCCUGAGUUUGAAAUUCCAUGGUUUCAUGAACGUUUUUGUCAACAACAGUUUAAUAAAGAUAUUGGCAAUAUGAGUUCAGCACAACAAGAGAUUUACAGAAUGUUAGCAGACAUAUUAGGAGGAGUCAAUUGCGUGAAAGCUUCCAAUCUUUCUCCUUACUACUACACAGUUGAUUUUGAGUGUUUCCUGGAUAAAAGAAAAAGACCUCUUCCUUAUGGAAACUGUAAUAUAACAGUGGGGAAACUACCAGGCAUGUAUUCGGAACCAAGUACCCAAAGAGUUGGAUCAUUGCUUCCCCUGGGAGCUGAAAGGAUUGCUUUUGAAUUUUUGGAUUCAAGAGCUUUUUGUAGAAAUCUCCCUCACUUAAAAGGAAAGUCUGCUAUGAAAAAACGACAUCUGGAAAUUUUGGGCUACCACGUCAUUCAGAUCCCUUAUUUUGAAUGGAACUCUAUGGCAAUGUCCCAAAAGGAUGCCCGGAUAAAAUACCUGAGAGAACAUGUAUUUGGAACAGACAAAUCAUGAUUGUAUUUAUUAAUUAAAAUGAUUUAUGGUAUGUCAUGUUUGCAUUUUUUAAAUGACUAGACUCAAUU